CUGAAACUGUCAGACGCCAUUAGUUGGAAGGAAGAGAUCGGAGUGACUACCUGGAACUUCUGAACCAUGGCUGUGCUUGCAGAGUCAUUUCCUGUCCAGGAACAAGGAUGUUUCAUAAACAAGCGUAAAAAGGUCAUUGAGUCCUGUGUGUUUCAUAAGUAUGACACCAGGAAACCAUCCCCAACACCGAGAGUUGUGACACGGUCAUUGGAGAAUUCAAAUGGCCCAAAAAUAAGCAAGAGGAGGAAUCAGAAGACAAGGAAGAUAAGCAAAAAGGCAGCUACAGCUACAGCCAGGUGUCAUACUAAGCCAGGUCUGUCAAGGAAAAUCUUCCAUCUGAGUAUAAUCGUUCUGACACAACUGACCGCGCCGAGUCUUGCAUAUCCCGUUUCAGAAUUAAAGCCAUCCGUGAAGGAGGGGCUUGAGAACCAUCGGAAGUCAGAGGACACAACACAUGUUUGUGAAGUCCUGGUGACAGAUUUUCCCAUCAAAAUUAUCAACAAUGACCAGUCUCAAGUUUUCACACAGCCAGUCCUCUGCCCAGAGAAAACUCCAAUGUUUGGGUCCUGCUCUGCCUGCUUCAGGAAUGAAUCGAUACUGAGAAUUUUCUAUGGCAAAGAAGCUGAUGGCGAUUUGUUUGUAGAGCAUGGGCGGGGGAGGACACCCAGUACACAUGUUGCUAUAAGUUCCACAGUGUGUAAGUCGUCCAUGGAGGAUCAGACUGAAGAGUCAAUGCCACAGCGUGGAAUUUUGCUGCGCAAUGUAAACAUAGAAGGGAAGAAAUUGUCCGUGGAGGACAGGAAUAAAACAAACACACAGAAGUGGAAUGGGGUCAGCAAAGCUGCAGGCAGUACAGAGAUAUACUGGCUGAGGAUGUUUGGCUGUCUCUUACUCCCGAUUUCUUUGCUGGCCUGUUUGAGUUUUGUCUACGUAAGUCUAAGGGAGUUGAGAUUAACAUUCCAGCGCUGUAGUGAAACGCCCGCUUACCAGCUCUGAAGAUUCUGGUCACCAAAAAUGUCUUCUCCAUAAUUAUCUCAUCCGGGGUCAUUAUGCCAGUUAUUUGCUUGAGCUUUUGUCUUUACUUUGCAUGCAGCUUUCCAUUUAAAGCCCAGAACUUUUCUGGACCACAUCUGAAGCAUAUAGCACCUUAUUUAGUAUUUACAGCCAUAUUAUGACAAGCAGGAUCAUUAUUUUUUUUCUUUUACUGCUACUUUCCGUUGUGCUGAAAAAAAUCCAUUAUCACUAGCAUUUAAAAUCAAUGGCCUCGUGCGCCAACUUUACACUUUGUGGCAGCUGUCUGUACAGUUACAUUUAUAUAUGCACCAACUCACACAGAUCUGAACUUUUUAGUUUCACUAAUGUGGAAAAAAUAAAAUAAAAGCAUGUAAAGAUGGGCAGCAUGGAUGGUGUAAUGGUUAGCAUUACUGCCUCACAGCCCUGAGGUCUUGAGUUCAAUUCCCACCAUGGUCCAAUAGUGGAGUUUGCAUAUUCUCCCAGUACUUGCGUGGGUUUCUACCGGGUGGUCCGGUUUCCUCCCACAAUCCAAAAAUAUACUGGUAGGUUAAUUGGCUCCUGACAAAAUGAACCCUAGCUUGAAUGUGUAUUUGUGUACACGUGAUAAGGAAUAUAGGGGCAGAUGUAUUAACCUGGAG